AUGGUACCUAACAUAGGUAACUCCUGGAAGAAGAUUUCGAUUUUAUACCUAAUCAUUAAAAAUCAGAAUGAUGUAUUUUUUGGCCCACUAACUAAUCAUUUUUAAUGGUUUGAUGGAUUUAACCAUAAUGAGGUAUUUAGGAUUUGUAUAGAUACGUUAUUGAAGUGGCUUUAUAUUUGUAUAAUCAACCAGGAUAUAACAAUAUUCUUAAACUUCAAUGUAAAAAUUUCACAAUUUUCUGCAGUAGGUACUUGAAAUGGACAGUCAGUUGUGGAGAAAUAGUAAAUUGUUAACGAAGAGAUAAAAGGCACUAAUUUCUGCCGAGGUAGUUUGGCGCUCGAGCGCAGUGAGAGCGCCAAUAGUCUGAGGCUGAAAUGAUGCCUUUCACCCGAGUCAAACACUCUACUUUUUAUUUAGAAUGCGAGGAAAGUAAAAUCCAUGUGUUUUUUUAAAUAUAGAAGUAUAAUUUUUUAUAGCAUCUCUUGAGGGUCCUUUAAUUAAACAUUUAGGUAAAAUAAUCGCUAUCUCCAAUGCAGGAACUUAUCACUUUCUGCACACUUUAGAACAACAAUUACCCUCUUUCAGAUAAUGAAAAAUGCAAAUGAUUAUUCUUUUUCCGAUUAGGGUACUUUACCUACCACUCUUCUCUUUACUACCUGUACAGAACUAUAUAGCUGUUUGUUGGUACUAUAGGUACUAUAGGUGCUAUAGGUGCUAUCAUGUGCCAUUAUUGGUUACGCUUCCGUGGUUCUUAUAGGUCGCAAUGUAGACAAUUUAUAAUUUCUGUGUAUCGGAUUUAAAACAGUUUAAAUUAGUAAUUGAAAAGUGACCUGAAAUAACUUUGUGAUAGUUAUUACAAUAUAAAUUCAUAGUUCAUAACUACCGUUUUCAAAGUUACAGUAAGAAUUCAACGGGAACAAACCUAACUAAAGUGAAAAUAAAAUUACGAAUACGGCCCACUAUAUUUUGGCUUUCAUACGUUUAUUUUUUUAAGAAGUAGGUACUUACUUAAGACAGUAAAGCUUUUUAAUGUUACAAAUGAAUACGAAUGGGCCCGCCGUAGUCGUCGAGUCUGGCUAUAACUCAGCCAAUUAGUGGUGUUCUCACGGACGCGGCAUCCCUAGAGAGUGAGAUCGACUCGUGUGAUCGUGUCACGCUAUGAAAUAAUAUUGUAAAUUAAAUAGGUGUAGCUGGUAUUGAUCGUAGGAUGAGCCCAUGCAAUUAGAGCAUCGUCUAAAAUUAAUUGCAUAAAUGAUAAUUGAAAAUUUCACUACUAUUAAUAAAAAUAAACAAAGUUAAAGAUUUUAGAAAUUUCUCAUCUGUAUAUCCUAUUGUUAUGAUUGUGAGGUUGUGACCCAUAAGACUACGAGACUACAGACUAUGAGACUGUAGACUAUGAGAGUCCAGUCCAAGCUUUUACGGAAACUAUUUUAAGUAUACACUUAAAUAAAAUAAAAAUAUCAAAGUAUGUAACAUUGAGGAGUCGAGGACAUAAAAACUUCUCCAAAACGUCUGUUUUUUCGAUUAUGGGGUGAGUCAGCGAGCUAGUUGACAAAUCGCGCAGUUAGUCGUCGCUCGCAUAAAACACAUUUAUGGCGGUAGUUAGCCGGAGCACGGGGUGCGCGUUUUACAUGCUUGAUGACAGCCACCCACCAGGGACGGAUUGCAUGCACACUUGCUAAGUGGGGCGAAAACUGUUAAGAAAUAUUUUCACACAUGUUUUUGUUUGGAGUUAAGUAGGCAAGUAUAUCAAAAUUAUUAAGUAGAAAGAAUUAAUUUAUUCCAUUGCUAAGUUAUUAGCAGUAUUACUUUUUCAAAUGUUUAUAGUGUAAGUUAUCAUACAGGUACCUAUAUGAUGUCAUCAUCAUAUCAGUCUUUUAUCGCCCACUGCUGAGCAUAGGCCUCUCUUCUAGUAGGUACGCCACUUAUCCCGAAACUGAGCCAAUCUCAUCCAGAAGUGACACGCAGUCUUCCGAAAGACGUCCACCCAACGAGCCAACGGACGCCAGGCACUCCUUUCGUCUGAAACCGGCCACCAUUCCGUUAGCAUUUUGGCCCACCUGCCAACACUCAUGCUUUAUAUGAUGUUUAUGUACUUUAAUAAAUAAAAUAAUAACAGAAUACCACCAAUUCAUUAAUUCAUACGUAAACUCUUAGAAACUUACCUAUCCUCUUUGAAAAUUUAUAAAUGAAAUUGUAGCCAUUGCUAGUGAAUUUGUUCCUCGCAAAUACUAAUCAUAUUUGUUCUGAGAUCAAUCGUGGUGUAAAUUCUAUUCUGUUGAAUGUACACAUUUCACAAUAUGUUUGAAAAUUACUACAUAUUUUUAUGUGACGUAUCAUGGUUCUAAACUUGAUCUAAAUUGAGCAAUGUAAUAGUGCAUUUUCUAAAUACGGCCCUGUGUCCUCAGUAGCCAUCUGUUUAUACAAUUAUCGGUUAAGCACCCGCCUCAGAGCGCACUGUUCUUCCUAAAUGACUCCUUCAUGACCGACACCCAUCCCGAUACUUAUUAGGGGCCCGCCGAGCCCCCGGAUUAGUCCGCAUCCCGCAUUCGACCAGCCAACAUUAACUAGCAUCAAUUAAUACAAAUUACCGAAGCGUACACAAACCGCGCACAUCCUAUGUGACAAUCAUUCCAAGUAUACAAUAUGGAGAAUUUCCUGAGCUACCAGUGUUUGAGUGAGGAUUGGGAGAAGCAUGUGUACUCUGUGAGUUCGUAUCAGAAAGAAGUGCCGGUGGUCAAGCAGAGGUGCCAAGCUAACGCGCGAGAGAGAGACAGGACACAAAACAGCGUCAACAUGGCGUUCAACACGCUGCGUCUUCUGAUUCCAACUGAACCACCGGACAGAAAACUCAGCAAGAUCGAGAUCUUGCGGCUGGCCGGCAGCUACAUAACGCACCUCGACAACCAGCUAUAUACAGGUAUCAUCGAUCAACCAUGUUUGCAGAAAACAGAUGAAGAUAAUAAGAAUGGAUCUCUAUGCACUUUUUGUUGGUCAGCUGUUAAGCAAGAUAAGCAUUCUACGGCAAUGGAAAAAUUUUACAAAUCACCUUUCUGAACAGUAUGACUAAGGAUAACAAUACGUUGUAGUAGCCGGUUCGUAGAGUUGGCCAUUGCAUGAUCUGAGAGGCCAUUCCAAAAGACAGGUAUUCCGUUUAUGAAAUCAUCGUAAUAUAUUUGGGAUGUGAUUGGUAAAGUUUGGCCAUUUCAUGUAGUAGCCGUUUCAUGACGUAGUCGGCUAUUUUAUGAACUGCCUCCGAUUUAUGAAAAUGGCUGGUCAGAUUAUGAAAUGCCUAAUUGUACGAUCUAGCUUCGACGCUAAAAUGCUAGUUUAUUUAUUAUUUUUUAUGUUAUGUUUGCUAAGUUUUCGAAUAUCGGCUUAUCGGCGACUAAGAACUCUUAUAUUUUACGCGGUGUCGAAACAUUUUUAAAAGUACAGCGACGAUCAGUAUUGUAUUUUACUGAUAUAUGUUGCGUAGGCGCUAAGACUUACAUAUUACCAUUUACACAAGGCCCGGGGCCUUAAAACUACAAGUUAUUAUAUAAGUCUAAUCAGUUGAAAAUAAUUACUUGAACUUUUAUAAAAUGGGGACCAGAAAGUAAAAUAAAACCAAAAAGUAGAAAAUGGCACU